AUGAUAGAAGAGCUGAAAAAUACUAAUGAGGGUCGAUACUUCACUAACAGCAUGUUUGAGGAGGCAGAGAUGAGCAUUAAAAAGAGAAUGGAGGAAAUACUGAAAGAUAAAGAAAGAGAAAUUCAGGCUCAACAUGAAAAAUUAAAGGCCAAAUAUGAGAUGGAAAAGAAAAACCUGAUUAAGAGACUUGAGGAAGAGAAACAAAGAGCAGAAGAAGAGAAAAGUAUAAUGGACAAUCAACUGAGAGAAAAACUGGAAAAACUCAGAAAAGAGUUUGAAGAGAAAGAAACAACAGAACAGAAAAAACGAGAGAUUGAAAACCAGAAACGAUCAGAAGAGGAAAAACAGCAAAGAGCUGAAUAUCAUCAAAAAAUAGAAGAGAUGAAGAGAGAGAUUGAAAAUCAGAGAUCACAGUAUGAAAAACAACAAAAAGAAAGAGAAGAAGAAGAUAGAAAGAGAGAAGAGAAAUACAGACAAGAUCAAGAAAAGAUGAAAAAUAAACAAGAGCGUAUUAUUGCAGAAUUACAAAUGAAACAAAAAGAAGAAAUAAUAAAGAGAGAAUCUGAGGAGAAAAUGAGAGUUGAAGAGGAAGAAGAGGAGAGACAGAGAUGGAAAAUAAAAAUAAAAGAGGCUGAAAAUGAAAGAAAAGAAAUUCAAGAGGAAAUUAAACAACAGCAGAGAGAAUGGGAGGAUGAAAAGAAACAUCAGAUGAGGGAACGAGAAGAAGAAGAACGAAAGAGAAAAGAGAGACAUGAGGAACAACUGAGAGAAAAACAAGAAGAACUGGAGAAAAUGAGAAAAAGAUUUGAAAGAGAGAGAGAAGAAGAAAGACAA